UCUGUCUGUGUUCGUAAACAAACUUGUCUUUUUCGAAUUCUAGCUAGAUCUCCUAAGUUUGAAUUUUCAUUUCUUUUGAAUUUUCUCCAGGAAAAGGAUUAAAAAUGGAGAAUAAACCUCAAAAGAUGCCAAAAGUAGCUAAGGUUAAAAACAAAGCUCCUGCAGAAAUUCAAAUUACUGCUGAACAGCUACUUCGUGAAGCAAAAGAAAGGGAUCUCGAAAUAUUGCCACCACCUCCUAAACAGAAAAUUUCAGAUCCUAAUGAGCUUGCAGAUUACCAGCUACGUAAAAGGAAGCAAUUCGAAGAUAAUAUAAGAAAAAAUAAAACUGUCAUUCCAAAUUGGUUGAAAUAUGCCCAGUGGGAGGAAUCACAAAAAGAAAUUCAACGGGCAAGAUCCAUUUAUGAACGAGCUUUAGAUGUGGAUUAUCGAAACAUAACAAUAUGGCUCAAAUACGCAGAAAUGGAAAUGAGGAAUCGGCAAGUAAAUCACGCAAGGAAUUUGUGGGAUCGGGCGGUGACCAUAUUACCUAGAGUCAAUCAACUUUGGUAUAAAUAUACUUAUAUGGAAGAAAUGUUAGACAAUGUCCCUGGUGCUCGUGCAGUAUUUGAAAGAUGGAUGGAAUGGCAGCCAGAUGAGCAAGCAUGGCAAACAUAUAUAAAUUUUGAACUGAGAUACAAAGAAAUUGAUAGAGCACGGCAUAUUUAUGAGAGAUUUGUUAUAACACAUCCUGAAGUCAAACAUUGGGUGAAAUAUGCAAGGUUCGAGGAGAAUCAUGGAUUUAUCAAUUCAUCCAGAAAGAUCUUUGAAAGGGCUGUAGAAUUUUAUGGUGAUGAUUAUAUGGAUGAAAAGUUAUUUAUGGCUUUUGCAAAGUUUGAGGAGAACCAAAAAGAACAUGAAAGGGCCAGAGUUAUUUAUAAAUACGCCUUAGAUCGUAUACCAAAAGAGAACACAAAAGAGCUUUAUAAAGCAUAUAUCAUACAUGAAAAAAAAUAUGGGGAUCGGAGUGGUAUAGAAGAUGUGAUAGUCUCCAAAAGGAAGUUUCAAUAUGAAAAAGAGAUUGAGCAGAAUCCAACUAAUUAUGAUGCAUGGUUUGAUUACAUAAAAAUCAUUGAAAGUGAGGGAGAUAUUGAGUUGAUUCGGGAAACAUACGAAAAAGCCAUAGCAAAUGUUCCUCCUUCAAAAGAGAAGCAAUACUGGAGGCGUUACAUAUAUCUUUGGAUUAAAUAUGCUAUCUUUGAAGAACUUAAAUGUGGAGACUGUGAAAGAACAAGACAAGUUUAUAAAGUCUGCUUGGAUAUAAUCCCUCAUAAAAUUUUCACUUUUGCCAAAAUAUGGCUGAUGUUUGCAAAAUUUGAAGUCCGUCAAAAAAAUUUAACUGCAUGCAGGAAAAUUUUAGGAAUGUCGAUAGGAAUGUGUCCUAAAGAUAAACUGUUUAGGGGCUACAUCGAUUUAGAAAUUCAGUUGAGAGAAUUUGACAGAUGCCGUACAUUGUAUCAAAAGUUUCUAGAAUUUGGUCCUGAGAAUUGUAUUACUUGGAUUAAAUUUGCUGAAUUGGAAACUCUCCUAGGGGAUAUAGACAGAGCUAGAGCUAUUUAUGAACUAGGUAUCCAGCAGCCACGGCUUGAUAUGCCUGAAUUACUCUGGAAAAGUUAUAUAGAUUUUGAAAUUUCACAAGAGGAGACUGAUAAGGCAAGGAUUCUUUAUGAAAAAUUACUUGAAAGGGCAUCUCAUGUCAAAGUAUGGCUAUCCUUUGCUAAAUUUGAACUUAACAAUCAAACUGAAGAUGACAUGAAUAUAACCUUAGCCAGAGAAGUAUUUAAUAGAGGCAAUGAAACAUUGAAACAUUGUGAUAAUAAGGAAUCGAGAGUGAUACUUCUGGAAAAUUGGAAGGAAUUUGAAGAUGCCCAUGGUAAUGAUGACACCAGAGAAAAAAUCAAAGCUAAAUUACCAAAAAGGAUCAAAAAGAGGAGGAAGGUUAUCGACGAAGAUGGAACGGAACAAGGCUGGGAAGAGGUGUUUGAUUAUAUCUUUCCUGAAGAUGAAAGCAAUAGGCCUAAUUUGAAAUUGCUGGCGGCCGCUAAAAACUGGAAGAAAAAAAUUGAAGAAAUUAAUGAUGCAAAAGAAGGUAGAGAUUAAUGAUCAUGGCUAAAGAAGACAAAAAAAUGAAGAAGGUGAUGAUACGAAAGAGGGCAGAGAUCAUUGCCCGAAAAUAUGAAAAAGUGAACAAAUUUUUUUCCAUUGAUUGUAUAUAAUAAAUGUAAAUAAUAUUUGUUA